UGUAACUUAGGUCCAAAACGGAGAGUUGUGUGAGUACAACCAAGUCCCGCAGCGAACCCGAAAUAUGAGUUUUGGCACCUUGAGUGUUCGAGAGACAAGAACCAAAUCAUGACUUUUUCUAUUGUUGCUUCUCUUCUAGUUUUUGUUUGACAAUUCUCACAAGCGCAACAACAGCAGCAAUAACAGAAGCGUUUUUGGCAUCAGUUUCUUUUGUUUUGGCAAGAAUCUCAAUUCUCAACCCGGAAAAAAUGGCGGCAUCGUUGAUACUCUCCCGAAGAAUUUCAUCUGUGGGCGUUUCUCGCACUCUCCAGGGUCUAGCAGGUAAUGUGCGGCCCUCUUGUCUGCACUUGGAAUUGAAGGUCGCGGCUUUGAUUAAUGUUGUUGAUAAAACAAAACAGUAUAGCAGCUCCAGUGGUACAACGCAGUUUGAUUUUACUGACCUGACUUCUCCUCAUACUUGGUAUCCAAAAGCUCGAAGUAAGCAGCGCAAGGUUAUCCUGCACAUGGGUCCCACGAAUAGUGGUAAGACGUACAAUGCUCUGAAGCGACUGGAAUCAAGUCCAUCUGGAAUAUACUGUGGUCCUCUGAGAUUGUUGGCUUGGGAGGUUGCACAACGGUUGAACAAGGCAAAAGUUCCUUGUGAUCUUAUUACAGGACAAGAGAGAGACGAGGUUGAUGGUGCAAAACACAAGGCUGUGACAGUUGAAAUGGCUGAUGUAACUUCCAGCUACCAUUGUGCCAUUGUUGAUGAAAUUCAGAUGUUGAGUUGUAAGACGAGGGGCUUUUCCUUUACACGAGCUCUAUUAGGAAUAUCUGCCGAUGAACUUCACCUUUGUGGAGAUCCAGCUUCUGUUCCUCUUAUUCAGGAAAUAUUAAAAGUAACUGGUGAUCAUGUUGAGGUUCACUUCUAUGAGAGACUUUCGCCUCUUGUUCCAAUGAAGGUUCCUCUCGGUUCUUUUUCUAAUAUAAGGACAGGCGACUGCAUUGUAACCUUUUCACGCCACAAAAUAUACAAAUUAAAGAAAGAAAUUGAAACUGUGGGAAAACAUCUUUGUUCGGUUGUUUAUGGUUCGCUUCCACCGGAGACUCGAACAAGACAGGCAACCAUGUUUAAUGAUGCAAGCAGUGAGUUUGAUGUUCUCGUGGCUAGUGAUGCCAUCGGGAUGGGUCUUAAUCUGAACAUUUCACGGAUCAUAUUCUCAACAAUGAUGAAAUUUGAUGGUUUUGAGAUGCGGGAGCUCACUGUACCGGAGGUCAAACAAAUUGCAGGAAGAGCCGGCAGGUAUGGAUCAAAAUUUCCUGUUGGUGAAGUGACUUGUUUAAAUGCAGAUGAUUUGUCCUUGCUUCAUUCAUCGCUAGAAUCCCCAUCUCCGACUCUUGAGAGUGCCGGAUUAUUUCCUACCUUUGAUCUUAUGUAUAUGUAUUCACGUUUACACCCAGAAUGCGGCCUCUACCAAAUUCUGGAACAUUUUUUAGAGAAUGCCAAAUUAUCGGACAAUUAUUUUAUUGCUGACUGUGAAGAAGUAUUGAAAGUUGCUGCUGUUAUCGAUGCGUUGCCUCUUGGGUUGCAUGAUAAGUACCUUUUCUGCAUAAGCCCAGUUGACAUGGAUGACGAAAUUUCAUCCCAGGGUCUGACGCAGUUUGCACAAAAUUAUGCACAAAAGGGCAUUGUUCGGCUCCGUGAAAUAUUCACGCCAGGAUCACUUAAGGUACCAAAAACGGAAGCUGCACUCAAGGAGCUUGAAUCCAUUCACAAGGUUUUGGAUCUAUACGUUUGGUUGAGUUUCCGAUUGGAGGAAUCAUUUCCAGACCGCGAGCUUGCAUCUACACAGAAGUCCAUCUGCAGCAUGUUGAUCGAAGACUUUCUGGAGAGGUUAGGAUGGCAGAAGCCGAGAAGCAAGAGAUUAGCCUCACGUACUCCCUCAACUUCACUAUUAUCCCGGAAAGCCAGACCGUACUUGUGAGAUUUAUCGUCGUUAAGUGUGUCCAUUCCUUCUCGUCGGUGGUCGGUUGAACCAUUCAUGCGUCAACUUCUCAGACAAAUCACGAAGCUCCAAUCUUUGAAGAAAAGUUCUCUACUUUUUAAUUUUUUAACAGCCUGAAAAGCAGUUUAAUUUUGUAAUUAUGUAGCAAAGGAAAUCAAAUCAUUGGAUUAUUCUUGUUAUGUAUGCAAACAUGGAUGACAGUAAUGGCAAUUAAAUUGAUGGAUACAAGUUCA